GACCCCGCUUGAUUACACUUACUGUAAACUAUUUUCCCCAGAUCAGGGAUUCCACUUUCUGGAGGCCUGGUCACGGUGUCUGAAAUUCUCCCUUCCCCUAGCUCCCAUCUGUCGUCACUUAAAUCCCCUUAGGCGUCUGGGGUCGGGAAUCUCCUCGUAGCGACCCGCCCAGAAGUUUGCGGAGGGAAUGUGUCGGGCUUUCCCCGCCGCUGUCCAAGGGAAUGAGAAGACUGACUUUGGCUUUUAAGGUUUUCAAGUGUCUGUUUUGUCCCUCUGCCCACCUCCUAGAGUUGGAAUGGUAUGAGAAGUCAGAGGAAACCCACGCCCCCCACGUAGAACUACUUGAGACUGCCUCCGCUCAAGAACCUUCCAUCCCUUCGGAGCCCUUUCGCCCCAGAGACUGCAUGGUGCCAGUGGUGUUUCCCGGGCCUGUGAGCCAGGAAGGCUGCUGUCGGUUUACUUGUGAACUUCUAAAGCAUAUCAUGUACCAACGCCAACAACUGCCUCUGCCCUAUGAGCAGCUUAAACACUUCUACCGAAAACCUUCUCCCCAGGCAGAGGAGGUGAUGAAGAAGAAACCUCGGUCCGCUGUUGAGGUGAGCAGCAGGAAAUGCCAACAAGCCCUGGCAGAACUGGAGAGUGUCCUCAGCCACCUAGAGGGUCUCUUUGCCCGGACACUAGUACCCCGAGUGCUGAUCCUCCUUGGCGGCAAUGCCCUAAGUCCCAAGGAGUUCUACGAGCUUGACUUGUCCCGCUUGGCCCCCAACAGCAUGGACCAGAGCCUGAGCACAGCAGCUUGUUUGCGCCGUCUCUUCCGAGCCAUUUUCAUGGCCGAUGCCUUCAGUGAGCUACAGGCUCCUCCACUCAUGGGCACCAUUGUCAUGGCACAGGGGCACCGUGACUGUGGAGAAGACUGGUUUCGACCCAAGCUCAGCUACCGAGUGCCUACCCGGGGCCACAAACUGACUGUGACCCUAUCCUGUGGCAGACCCUCUAUCCCAGCCACGGCCUGGGAAGAUUACAUCUGGUUCCAGGCACCAGUGACACUUAAAGGCUUCCAUGAGUGAAUGGGGGUGCUGCUUAAUCGUGAGCACAAUGGCUUCAAUUACCUUUCCCCCUGUGGCACCAGGUCACCCAUCUGUUGCUUAGAGCUAGAGUGCCUUCCUGGUGAGAGGAAUGUUCUGUUCUUGGGCUGCCUGCCUCCUCUCCUCAGACUUCCUGGUGGGCUGAUUGUAUGGCUGUGGCUGUCAUUUUUAUCAUUGAGUGACAUCUCUUUGAAUCAAAGGUUGGUUUUCCCAGAAGGUGCUGGGUGAGGCAUUUCUGUUCAGGGAUGGAAAACAAAUAUGAGUCCAUAGACAAACACUCUUAUGGAAGUGGCCCUUUUAAACUUUUUGCUGUGGUCUUUCAGAAUUUGUACUAGGGACAUAAUGAAGUUAAAUGUAAAAAUGAAUGGAUCCAUAUUAAAUUAUCCUGAAACUCUUGUUUUAAAGAUUUCCAGGGUUAAGACGAAAA